UCUGAGAAAACAAUAGUUGAAAAACAUUUAGCUAAAAAACUUGAAUAUACAUUUAUUGAUAGUGGCAUCUUAUAUCAUUAUUUUGCAAUGGUUUACUCUUUCCUUUCUGAUGAUCUAAUUUACUUACAACUUAAAAGCAGAAAAAAGACAAUUAUUGAUAAUUCAUGCAUUAUAUCUAGAAAAUGGACAAAAGCAGCAUCUAUCGCACAAAAUAAUAGAAUUAGAAAAAUAAUAAAUGAAAUUAUUCAAGAAAUUACAAGAAAAAAGAGAUUUGUUGUAGUUGGACGUGAUAUAACAACAAAUAUUCUUCCUAAUGCUAAUAUAAAAAUUGUCCUUACGGCUAAUUUUAUUACGCGUAUUAAUAGAAGAUGUGAUAAAACUAAAAGCACAGCUACUAAAAAUAUUUUACCUAGAGAUAAAAAAUCAUACAAAUUUAUUGAAGACGCAAUUAAAGUUUAA